CGGUUUCGGACGGAACCCAGCCCAGAACCGGCUAUAUGUCAGGAACCAGUUCUGGGUGUGAACUUUACAACGCUACAAGAACUUCCCUUUCCAACCUUCCCGACGCGCCUCUGAAAACAUUUCGGCUUCCGUAGCUGAAGUAGCUCAUAGUGUAGACUUUUUUUUCCUCUCUCCUCCAUUUCAAUUAUUUAAUAUUUUUAAAAAAAUAUUUUUUCCUUCUUUCGCGUUUAAUUUUCAGGCGAAACUAAGUUCCGACGCGAAAAAAAAGAGCGUUAACGACAAAUGUCAUGGAGUUUUAAUUAACUGUCAAGACGCAUAGAAAGCCUAUUAGCUUCCCUGUUAGCUCAUAGGCUACUAUGUCUUUUACUGAAUGCUAUUUGCACAGGUCUCUUAACGUUAAUGUUAAUGAUAAAUCGUCAUAUUUAAUUUAAAGUGCCGAGUGAAUGAUAAGAACUAAGGAGACAUGUCCGUGUGGCUGUUUUUAAAAAAAACAACAACAACAUUUCCUCGCGACAUUCGUUAACAUUUAGAAGAACGCUAGCCGAUAGCUCGAAGUAGGAAACACGGUAAUAGUGUCCACGUCUUGGUGCUUAAAUAACUGUUUCUCGGCGUCGGUGCUUGUGUUUAUUCUCAAGAAAUUAUCUGGUGAAAAAUGAAAAGGAUUUAAUGCACUCGCAUAGCAUAUAAAAGCGAUCAUAUUACGAGUGAUAUUUUGGUUGUAUCGCGAAUUUAAAUACACAGCAGAGUGGACAUGUCAGAAGGGUUUCUGAGUUGAGGGAUUGUCGGGGGGGAAAAAAAACCAAAACAAAAACAAGCAUGUCCUUCAUUCAUGUCCGGGUCUGAUGAGCAUGAAGAUUAUGCGGAUGUUUUUGAUUAGUUUACACACUCUGUGCGGUUGUAAAUAAGUGGGGUUCAUGUAGAUGGUUGUACACCGGAAGAGAACUGUGCCCAGAUACUGAAUUUCAGCAGCAACAUGUCCGGAGACAGCAGCAGCAGCAGCAGCGGGGAGGACUCGGACAGAGAGAGCCGAAAGAAAAGCUGCACCGUUAAACUUGAGAUCACUAACGCGAAUCUCACAGGACACACUGAGAAAGUUGGCAUGGAGAACUUUGAACUUCUCAAAGUGCUCGGCACUGGAGCCUACGGAAAAGUGUUCCUGGUCCGGAAGAUCAGCGGCCACGAUGAAGGCAAACUUUACGCCAUGAAGGUUCUGAAGAAGGCAGCGAUCGUUCAGAAGGCGAAGACGGCUGAACACACACGGACAGAGAGGCAGGUUCUCGAACACAUUCGCCAGUCGCCUUUCUUGGUCACGCUGCACUACGCCUUUCAGACCCAGACCAAACUCCAUCUUAUCCUGGAUUACGUGAGCGGAGGAGAGAUGUUCACUCACCUGUACCAGCGUGAUCACUUCAAUGAGGAUGAGGUGCGAAUCUACGUUGGAGAGAUUGUGCUCGCGCUGGAGCAUUUGCACAAGCUUGGCAUCGUGUAUCGGGACAUUAAACUGGAGAACAUUCUGCUGGACAGUGAUGGUCAUGUGGUGCUCACUGAUUUUGGCCUGAGUAAGGAGUUUUUAGAGGAGGAGAAAGAGAGGACCUACUCAUUCUGUGGUACCAUUGAGUACAUGGCCCCAGAAAUCAUCAGAGGAAAGGCUGGCCACGGCAAGUCAGUAGAUUGGUGGAGUUUAGGGAUUCUCAUGUUCGAGUUGUUGACCGGUGCGUCUCCUUUCACCUUGGAGGGCGAGAGGAACUCCCAGAGUGAGGUGUCCAAACGUAUCCUACGCUGUGAGCCUCCUUUCCCCUCUAUAAUCGGGCCAGUGGCUCAGGACCUGAUCAGGAAGCUCCUGGUAAAAGACCCACAUAAGAGACUGGGUUCUGGGCCCAGAGGAGCCGAGGACAUUAAGAGUCAUCCCUUCUUCAAGGGUUUGAAUUGGACAGAUUUAGCAGCGAAGAAGGUCGCAAGUCCGUUCAAGCCAGAGCUGCGUAAUGAGCUGGAUGUGGGAAAUUUUGCUGAGGAGUUCACAGGCAUGGAUCCAGUCUACUCCCCUGCUAGCACGCCUCCCAGCACUGACCGUCUCUUCCAGGGCUACUCGUUCGUAGCUCCAUCCAUCUUGUUCAACAAGAACGCGGUGAUGGGAGAUUUCCUGGACGCUCCAGUGAGCGUGGACCGACCUGGCUCUGCUACGGUUCAGCGCAGUGCCAUGUUAAAGGAGUCCCAGUUUUUCUUGCAUUACGAGCUGUGUCUUCAGGGGCCGCCGCUGGGCGAGGGCAGUUUCUCCGUCUGCAGGAAGUGCAGGCACAAGCAGAGUGGCCAGGAGUACGCCGUUAAAAUCAUCAGCCGCAGGAUGGAGUCCAUGACUCAGAGGGAGAUCGCAGCACUUAGACAGUGUGAAUCUCAUCCGAACAUAGUUACCCUCCAUGAGGUCUACACCGAUCAGUAUCACACAUAUAUGGUAAUGGAGCUUUUGCGUGGGGGCGAGCUGCUGGAGAGACUGAAGAAGAAGAAACUGUUUGCCGAAGGGGAGGCCAGUCAACUGAUGAAGAGCCUGGUGUCAGCCGUCAGCUUCAUGCAUGAGGCCGGAGUCGUGCACAGAGACCUCAAGCCAGAGAAUGUCCUUUUUGCCGAUGAGGCUGAGGACUCGUUGCUGAAAGUGAUUGAUUUUGGGUUUGCGCGCUUGUUUCCAGCGGGCAGCGCUCCUUUGCAGACGCCAUGCUUCACGCUGCAGUACGCCGCGCCUGAACUUUUUCACAACUCCGGAUAUGACAAGGCGUGCGACCUCUGGAGCCUUGGCGUCAUCCUGUACACCAUGCUCUCCGGACAAGUCCCGUUCCAGAGUGAGAAGAAAGGAAUGACCUCAUCGCAUGCUGCCGACAUCAUGCACAAGAUUAAAGAAGGAGACUUCUCAUUGGAUGGCGAUGCUUGGAAAGGCGUGUCCGAGGAAGCCAAAGAUCUAGUCAGAGGUCUGUUAACAGUCAACCCCGAGCGGCGACUCAAACUUUCAGAUCUGAAGGAGAACGCGUGGCUGCAGGGCGGAGGGGUGUCUUCCACUCCUCUCUGUACCCCUGAUGUCCUGGAGUCCAGCGGACCCACCGUCCGCACCUACGUCAACGCCACGUACAAGGCGUUUAACCGAGGCAAGCGGGAGGGUUUCUUCCUGAAGAGUGUGGACAAUGCACCGCUGGCCAAACGCCGCAAGCUGAAGAUGACCAGCACAGGCGUGGAGACGCGGCGCAGCUCUUCGUCCUCGUCUUCCUCGUCUUCCUCCUCGGCUCCUCACGUCAAGACCCAGAUCCCGGACGACGAACCGAAACUGUGACCCUUACCGACGAUCCAUCACCUCAGCUUUGACGCCGUCCGCCGUCUUGAGGCUACGUUGACGUCUAAAUUUGGAAAAAGAGGUCAAUGAAGGAAAGCGUUAACUGAACGAAUUAGAAUUUCCUCAGAGAGAGCGAACUGAGAGAUGAAGAAGGACAGAUGUGAAGCUUAAGAGUCGAGACCGAUCACUGGACAGUCGUUUAACUGAACAUGACUGCUUGAAAACUCAUCACGUAUGAAUCUAUAAGGGGCCAUCAGUGGCAUGAUCAAGCGGCAGAUUAUUGAAGCCAGCCAAAGGUUAAGUGACUGAUGGAGAGUCCUUGUUUUUAGUGGACUCGAGACAUCGGAUGUUUUUAACGCGACGUGACCAUUUUGAUUUGAUUGAAUGUACACUUACGAAAUGUUACCUUGCGCAAGGCGUUUUUAGCCAGUAGAGUUUUAGCAAGAAAUUAUUUUUCAAAAGGGAACUGGAGAUUUAACAAGGCUAGGAUGCCAGGACAGAAAAGCCAUAUGGAAUAGAAGGGAAUGAUUUUAGAAUUAUUCUGUUUAAACAAGAAACCCAUAUUUGUCACUGUACAGAUUCACAUCUAUAAUGAACAGCUUUAUAUGAAUUAUAUACUGUAUACAUUAGAAUGAAUAGUGAAUGUCACUGUACGAGAACGUGCUAAAUGGCAAUAUACGCAUGACGUUAUUUAUUUUAUUUUUUUUGAAAAGCCGAAUCACAUGAUCGAAAAGAUAAGCAACUUGAAAACUGUCACCAACUCUCUUUUGUUUAGUUCCGAACCUCAGAUGCUUAAUCGCUUGUAUCGGUGCUACUUCAUGUAGGAGGACGAUGAUGAUUUGAACGUUAGGAUGUGGAUGUGCCGUUAAAGGUACAAUCGGUAGGAAAACUUGAACAAUACUUUUGCUUCCAGAGGCUGUGAUGUAAAUCGACAGUGACCUUUUUUUUUUUUUUUUUUUUUGGGGCUUGAUUUGAGUAUAGUCCGUAGUAUUUGUUACACCUUCGUAGCAUUUUUACCAGUCUCUUUAAUGAAAAGAGAGCAGUUCGUUUUGGGAUUCGUUUAGAUUUGAGAGCAAAACUCCUACUUAUUGCACCUUUAAGGUCUGUCGUCUUAGUUUUGCGCAUCUUGUGGUAAUGAUUUGUGUGUGAACUUGCAUGCCAACUCUAUAGAAUCCUCAAACCAGAGAACUGUUUUGUUCCCGUCCUUUAACAUGCUGUAUUUGAACAAAAAAAAAAAAAAAAAAAAAUCCACCACCUCUCCUUUUGCAAAAAAAAAAUCUGGCUCCUCUGCUUUCCUUCGAAUUCUUUUAAAGGGCUUCAGCACACUCGCGUCUGAAGUGUGUGUUAUCUAUCACUGUGAGAGACGGAGAGCGCCAAGAAGCGAAGCUGUCUUUCACUUUUCAUUAUUUCCACCCUUCGCUUUUCAGGAGCUGCUGGAAAGGACAAGUCUCUGUUUCUCUGAAGUCUGGUGAUCUCCUAACGGCGACUGAAGAGACACAGACUGAGAGACUCGAACGGACGGAUUGAAUAAUGGUGUAAGGAAAGGGCGUGAAGUCACCGUGAACGCUCAUUAAGCAUUCAUGAGGUUGGGAUGUGAUACUGCUGUGUGUGCCAUGUUGUCCUGAAAUGCAGCAUUCUUCUCGUUUUCAAUGCCAAAAAUAAUCCUGCAGCAAGGACACAUUCAUCAUCGUCAUGGUGCGAUGACAACUCUGUCAAACGCACUUGGCUUCGAAGGGCCCAAAUCGGCGUACAAAGCACUAGCGCUCUGCCGUGUUUCGCUUUUCGUUUUGCCUCCACGUUGCAUACGGAAAAUAAUGUGAACAAAACAUGGCUCGAGUUUGACUUGCUCUUCUGAUGGAUUUGCUCUUUUUCAGUGUUUUCAUUUUAUUUUAUUAAAACGUGACGAUGCCAAACGAGUUCGCGUCCGACGCAUUUAAGGACGCUUUUCAAAACCGUGACUAACGAACACACUGAUCGUACACUUUAACCUCCUCGUUUUAUUAUUUUUUUUUCAUCUGAUGAAAUCAUUCUACGUUUCUACUUUGAUGAUGUCGCCGAAGUCGAGGGUGAAAUCGAUAACGUGUUUCCAGCUUUAAAAGAAAUAGCGUCUCGCACCUUUUGAUAUUUAUUACGUUUUAUUCCGCGGUGUUAUUUUUGAGUAACGGUUACGGCUUCCUGCUUGCUUUUUUUUCAGGAUCUGUGUGAUUUUUGUGCGUCUGUUUUGAGUGAUGUACUUUUUUGCCGUAAGGAACAUCCUAUUUGCUCCUACAAGUCCUGCACACUGCACUAAAAACAAAAUAGUAUUCGUGGAAAUUAUGGAAAUAUUCAUGGCUUUAGAUCACAAAGCGUUUAUUUGUUGUAAUGAUUUCCUUGUCUUGAGUUUCUCUUGUUGGUGUUUUGAGUCCUUUUUUUUAAAUGUAUCUUAUGUUUUUAGUUCUGAAUUGCAUGUUUUACGAUUUUACAUUUUUAUAUAACAAUUGGUGUUCUGUCUUCUGAUAAUAAGGUUGUUGUAUUUUUUUUUUUUUUAUAAGAAAAGAGCAUUAUAGAACUGAAAUCAAAUGCACUGUUUGAAGGCAACAGGAGAUACCCCCCCCCCCCCCCCCAUUGAAAACACUGUUAAAUCUUUAACAAAAUAUAAAUCACGUCACUAUUCUUAAAUAUCAUCUAGUCUCUUAUUUGACUCUGUGAUUCAUUAGACAUGUACAAAUAAUCUGAAACAUUUCAUCCUUUCUGUUAUCAUUUUAAAGGUUGAAAACGUUUAGGGACUUUUAUGCCAAUUUAUUCCAGUUUCAGCUUGCAAAUCUUUUUUUUUUUUUUUUUUUUUUUUGAUUGCCUAAAAUCUAUUUGAAUAGAUUUCAGUUCCUUUUUUAAGAUUUUAAGAGUCAAUGUUAAAAUAUAUUUGUUUCUGAACAGGAUGGUUUUUGGAAGGAUUUUGGAAGAACCCUUUUCUUAGAUGUUCAAAUGUGUUCAUCCUGGAAGCUUUUCUUAAAGAAAAGCCGUAUAAGCUCUCUGUAGAACUUUAAGGGUUCCCUGAAUGAAACGUAAGGUUGGAUGACGAAGCCUGUGGCCAAAAUAUACAAUAAGGGAUGGGCAUAAAUAUUAACCCUGUAACAGUAUAAUAUUAUCAAACUAACUUAAAAAAAUCCUUAUUUUGACAUGAUGAGUCUUAGUGGCUAGAACGUUUUCCUCAUACCUCCAGGUUUGGGGGUUCGAUUCCCACCUCUGCCCUGUGUGCACACACCCUGCAUAUCCUCCACUUUCCUCCCCCAGUCCAAAGACAUGCUUUGUAGGCCGAUUGGCAUCUCUAAAUUGUCUGUAAUGUGUGUGGAACUGUGCCCUGCGGUGGGUUGGCACCUUGUCCGGGGUGUCCCCUGCCUUGUGUCCUAAGUUCCCUAGGAUAGGCUCCAGGCUCCCUGCGACCCAGUGUAGGAUAAGCGGUAUAGAAAAUGGAUGGAUGGAUGGAUGGACUCUUUCGAAGCCAGAAAUGCCCUUACUUAAAAACUUAAAUUUAUUUAUUUAAAAAACAAACAAACAAACACAUAACACACGUUUUUAUGAUCACACCACCGAUCAACUUCAGUUUAAUGCGACAAUUAGACAUGGGAAUGUGUACAAUUAUAUUUAUUAUUAUUAUUAUUAUUAUUAUUUUUUAUUCCUGAACCUUCCACCCACAAGAUUUCAACUAGUUACACUGUGUUAAAAGUUGUAAACGAUGCCAUGUAUUAAGCACUUUCACCUCUAGUAAUAUUAAAAUAUUAUUAUUGCAUUAAAACCGCAGUGAGC